CAAUUAGUUUAUUUACAACUGUCAAUGUUAUAGAAAAAUAUUUUCUUUUUACUUUUUUUUUUGUAUUUUUGUCUUUCCUAUGGAGAGGGAUACUUCAUUUCAAUACACCAAUGAGCCACAGAUCAGUGAAAGUAACGUUAAUGUCGAAGAUGCACCGGACGAACAUAUCAAUGAGGCAGACAUUGCUAACGAAGUAUGUCAGGUAGCUGUAGCCCGGUCGUUUAGAAAAGCUGUUAAAGUUGCUCUCAAAAUGGAAACCCUAAAUCACAAUGAGAAAAAAUCCUAUACCGACUUACUGUCCCUACCAACAAAAAUGUACUUAGAUAGCACCCUGGUACCUGCUUUGGCUAAUGGAAUAGCACACGUCGUCCAUGAAAGACCUAUCAGUCCUAUAAAAACACUAGCCGUUUUUUUAUUGAAAAAUAAAAGUAUUUACGAAACAGAAGCCGAACUGGAAGAAUCUAGAGGUGCCGCAAGUGCAGCCAAAUCCAAAUCAAGAUUUGCAGCUAUAGCUUCAAAGAUUAUUUCUUCCUAUAGAGUAUAAGUAGAUCGAAAGAUUUAGAUGUCAAUUUCUACAUUUAUAUUAUAAAGCAUUAUGUGUAAUAAACGAACGAUAAUAAUAUAUAUUGUACAAUGAUCCGAGCUGAUUAGGGAUGUUUAUAGAAAUAUAAAGUGAUGUAAAAUCUUACUGG